AUGGAGGAAGAGAAGAAGGUGAAGGAUCAGGAAAUGAAAGAGGAAGAGGAGGAGGAGGAAGAGGAAGAGGAGAAUGAUCAGGAGAUGAAGGAAGGAGAAGAUUAA